CACGGGAAUAGUUGAGUCUCAGCAACAGCAGCAUCAAGCUCAUCAGACUCUUCUGGCUGCUGCAGGACACUUGACAAAUCCGACAUCUGGAAUCAAGCUAUCAGCUAGCGCUGCCAGUUCAAGCGUGUUUACACCGUCUCCUGCCACUGUGACACUGAGGCCUGGCCUAUGCGCUUCAUCAAACAUUUUGCUUACAUCGUCGAUGACGACAGCAUCCACAAAUACAACCACAACAACAGAAGCUCAGACCUCCAAUAUUUUUCGUGGCAGUAGCAGUAGCAAUAACAUUGGAAUCACAACACUUUUUCCUUCGACUUCAGGCUCCGGAGCUACUUCAACUUCUGGGAAAGGUCAGGUAAUCGGAUUGCUUGAUCCACGAACAGGGCUUCAGCUACGUCUUACCGAUACAAGCACAAUCACUUUAUCCGGGGCAUCUGCCUCAAAUCCGACAUCAACUCAGCACCAACAUUCUUCACCUCAGACACCUCAACCACCACUAUCCUCAACGGCCGCAGCUGCGGCAGCGGCGGCAGCUGCAGCUGGUCUGCUCCCUCCAGGGGCUAGAGAGAUGCUGAUAAACGGGAUUCUUGCUCCAGCCGGCUCCUUGGGCUCUCUCUCAGCAAGUGGUCUUCUGCCAGCAGCCCUCCAAACUGUUGCCGCUAGUCAUCUCACUCUAACUGGUCUUUCCGCCAAUAUGUCACUUGAUGGAAACGGUUCAGGAGGACUCUCGAGGCAUUCACACGACAUUGACAUAUUUGAGCCCGGCCUAGCUCGUCUGCUACCCGUUGUCUCAACAGCAUCUGAUGAUCUGCUCGUUGAUGAGGCCAUUCGUUUAUCGUCAAGCGGAACUAUACGUCUGGUUCCAACCAUUGCUUCGACCGCCACAACCGUGACUACACCCAGCCAUACUCAUACCCAUGCGCACCCGCACACUCACCUUCACGCUCACACAUCCACGACCACACCCUCAUUGACUACAUCUGGCGAUUCAACUUGUCAAAAU